AUGUUCACCAUCCUUCUUAUCAUAUCAGUGUUUUACCAAGGCCAGGCUGUGAAAGACUUCGGUAAAGACUUCGUUACAGCCUUUCCAGAGAACAUCGCCUACUACUACCCUUCCACUCUCUUCAACACCCUCAAAAUCACCGCCCUCCACAACAACACCAACUUUAACGUCAUCUUCAAUGGCGCAAGCAUUGAAACCGGGACCCUGAUGGCAGGACAAACCAAGACUGUGUAUCUUCCUGACGAAGUGGAGGAGCACCAACUCGGACUCUCCACAAAAUCUGUCAGAAUUUCCAGCGACAACGACGUCACCGUGUUUUCCAAAAGUUUGAGGGGUAGCAGCAUCCAGACCAACGUCGUUCAACCUGUGACCAACCUCGGCGAAGUCUAUCAAAUCCCUUUCGUCAAUUUUACCGAGCUUAUUUUAUUGUUAAACGACUACAACGUCUCAACCGCCAGAAAGUCUCAAACCCAGAAUUACAACCUUUUCAGGGUUCUCAUCAUCAAUGCUGAAGAUAAGGACAACACGGUGAAGGUCACCAAUCAACAAAGCGGCUCAGAAACGAGCUUCAAGCUAAGCGCCUUCCAGUUCGUCCAGAUGAGCGGCAGCGAAUCCGCGAUGAAGAUCUCCGCUGGCGCUUAUGUUUCCGUCCUGCUCACCCACCCUUGUUUGGACACUUCCUUCUGCAAAUGCACAAUGGUUGUCCACCAGCUAAGACCUGCAAACCUCCUGGGAGACCAUUUCCUCGUACCUUCCUUUCAAAUUGGCGAAUAUUCCAGAAUGUUCUCGACUUCAGACCAGUCCGUCAACUUUGAAUACGGUUCUCCACCGAAUAACGGCUCUCAAACAUUGAAUCCUGGCAGCUCAGACUUCCUAUCCUUCUACCAGCAUCUAACGGUGGGGUUCUCCAACAUCACAACCUCCCAGCCGGUGUCCCUCAAGCUCAUGGGCGUCGGUAGUUUGGUAGAUCUCAUCCCCGUCUCCAUGUUCUCAGCCUGCUACCUCGUACACUCCUCCUCGUUCGCCGUAUCCCAGGCUUUGCUCAUCGUUGAAACGACACAAGUGUCAGAAACGUACAUAGACAAGACCAACUCUGGCUCAUCGAUGACGUGGAAUGCCAUAAACGGUACCGAGUACUCCUGGGCCGUGGUGGAUCUUUACCUUCUGAUGUCUCAGGUCAUCUGGCAUCCCUCUUCAAAGAUGGCGGUGUACGUAUUCGAGCGAAUGGCGUCAACGCUGUUCGAUUACGGUGGUCCGGCUAUCUCCAUCAAUGAAGAACCAGACCCCAGAGGCUGCUUGGUUUCUCAGGCGAUGUUGGAGGUCAGUGAUCAGUCGGUUAGCUGGCCGGCGUCUUGUCAGUACUGUAAGCUGAAGGGUGGUUACCUGGCCAGUCCCAGCUGGGCUGAAGCUCAGCGUUACAUGAUCCAAGAACUGGAGGAAGUCGGAGCGACUGGUCAGGCGUGGAUUGGCCUCCGGCGUAGCCUGUUGACCUCCGAGUGGUACUGGCAGACCGGUCAGAACUUCAGCUUCUCCAACUGGGCCAGCGGCCAACCGGUCAGUCCCGAGAAAGGCAUGUGUGUUUUCGUAAAGCUGGAACCAAACGGUAACUACACCUGGAACAGCGCGCGGUGCUGCACCUCCAUGAAACCCAUGUGCUUCAAAGAACCCAACUACCUGCAUCUCAUCAACCCCAUUUCCUGAAUGCUAAUGCUAACAUCAUAUCUGCUAAUGCUAACAUUAAAUUAGCUAAUGCUAACAUCAUAUCUGCUAAUGCUAACAUUAAAUUAGCUAAUGCUAACAUGAUAUCUGUUAAUGCUAACAUGAUAUCUUUUAAUGCUAACAUCAUAUCUGCUAAUGCUUACAUUACAUCUGCUUAUACUUACAUUACAUCUGCUAAUGCUUACACCAUAUCUGCUAAUGCUU